AUGCAAGAUGUAGACGAGAUCCCGACGCCGCCGCGCCUACUCUGGCUAGCGCUCUCCGCAUUUCCUCUCCAUCCUCUCUCUCUCCCCUCGACUGUCUUGCACAACUGUCCUCCACACGGACAUGCCUUGACAGGACUGCCCAUUUCACACCUCUCCCAAGCGACUGCCACAAUGUAUCAGUCCUCCCUUCCACGCCUUCUCCCUCGCACCCUCCGCGCCGUUCGUCCCCGAACUACUCGCAGCUUCUCGACUGAGGCUCGGUUAACUGCGGACCACGUUCGCGUCGUCGAAGUUGGCCCACGAGAUGGUCUCCAGAACGAGAAAAAGUCCAUAUCACUCAAAACCAAGAUCGAGCUAAUCGAGAGACUCGCAAAGACCGGUGUGACGACAAUCGAAGCCGGCUCUUUCGUGCCUGCAAAAUGGGUGCCACAGAUGGCAAGCACAUCCGAAAUCCUCCAGCAUCUCCUCCGAACGCCUCCCCAAUCCGGAAACCAGAUUUCAUACAACUACCUCGUCCCGAACAUCAAGGGCCUAGAGAACUUAGUGAAGCUCAUGGAAGCGGAGAGUGCCGCGGCUGGAGCCAAUAGCGACUCCGAAGCUACUACAACAACAGAAAUAUCGCUUUUUGCAGCCGCUACCGAAGCGUUUUCAAAAGCGAAUACGAACUGUACGAUUGCCGAAUCGAUUGAGCGAGUUAGGCCGAUUGUAGCAUUGGCUAAGGAAAAAGAUAUUCGUGUUCGCGGGUACGUCUCUGUUGCAUUGGGCUGUCCGUACGAAGGCCCGGAUGUGUCGCCUCUGAAAGUUGCUGAAAUCACGGCGACGUUGUUGGAAAUGGGCGCGGAUGAGGUAUCUGUGGCGGACACCACGGGCAUGGGCACGGCGCCACGCACGCUGGAGCUUUUGCGGACUUUGACUGCUGCGGGGAUUGCUAAUAGUGAUCUCGCACUUCAUUUCCAUGAUACCUAUGGACAGGCGUUGGUGAAUACUAUUGUUGGGUUGGAGCACGGAAUCCGCAUUUUCGACAGCAGCGUGGGUGGGCUAGGUGGUUGUCCCUAUUCCAAGGGCGCCACGGGUAACGUCGCGACUGAAGACUUGGUCCACACCCUCCACAGCCUGGGUAUGCAUACGGGCAUUGACCUCGAAGAGAUGGCUAGGAUUGGGUCCUGGAUUAGCGACGAGCUUGGCCGUGCGAAUGACAGCAGGGCAGGCAAAGCCACUCUCGCACGUAUCGCGGGGGAGAAGACAUGUCCUUGA